AUGCUUCCAAGGAGCAUCGCCGCACGCAGCACGCGUUUCUCCUCAGCCCCUCAGCUACAACGCCUCUCAACGCGGUGCCCUCGAACCCAUAGCUUACUGCUACCGAGCCGGAUAUACCACAGCAGAAGCUCAUUCAUCGCCGGAGCAAAGACACAUAAAGCUGCAAGAUGGCGCCUACCCCAACCUGCUACGAAACGAUCCCUCACCACCAAACCGUUGCCUAGCACACAGUCCCGGUUCGUCAGGUUCUGUUACCGAAGCGCUGCAUACUGCGGAAGCGUUGUCCUCAUUACCGGCGCUGUUAUUACGGCGUUCUUCAUCUACGAUGCCACCACGUACAAGAACGAUCCCUCCAACGAAGAAAUCACCGUUUCUGAGUUGGCCUUGCAUCCCCGAAGAGGAGGACCGAAGAAUCUGCCGAUAGCUUCGGUUCUCGUGGACGACGACGACCAGGAGGGAAGAGAGAUGCAGACGCAGAAGUAUAAGCCGAAACUGGUUAUCCUCGGUACAGGAUGGGGAAGUGUCGCACUGUUGAAGGGGCUCAACCCGGAUGACUACCAUAUAACCGUUGUCUCGCCAUCCAACUACUUCCUCUUCACGCCAAUGCUACCUUCAGCGACCGUUGGCACAUUAGAACUGAGAUCGUUGGUCGAACCUGUCCGGCGCAUAAUCACGAGAGUAAAAGGUCACUUCUUGAAAGCUCAAGCAGAGGACGUGGACUUUUCGGAGAAACUGGUCGAGGUAUCCGCGCUGGGACCCAAUGGCGAGAAGCAACAUUUCUAUCUGCCCUAUGACAAGCUUGUCAUCGGUGUUGGUUCCAUCACGAAUCCGCAUGGCGUCCAAGGUCUCGAGAACUGCCACUUCCUCAAGGAUGUGAGUGAUGCACGGAAAAUACGAAACACCGUCAUUCGCAACCUGGAAGCCGCUUGUCUGCCCACAACUUCGGACGAGGAACGUAAAAGACUAUUGUCAUUCGUCAUCAGCGGCGGCGGCCCAACUGGUGUCGAAUUUGCUGCCGAGCUCUUCGACAUGUUGAAUGAGGACCUCUGCAAUUACUUUCCAAAGAUUCUGCGAUCAGAAAUAUCGGUCCACGUCAUACAGAGUAGGGGACACAUUCUAAACACCUACGACGAAGCCUUGUCGAGAUACGCUGAAGCACGGUUCGCUCACGACCACGUCGACGUACUCACGAACUCCAGGGUCAAGGAGGUCCAGCCCGAUAAGAUCUUGUUUACCCAGAAGGAUGAAGAAACCGGCAAGAUUGUAACCAAAGAGCUGCCGAUGGGUUUCUGCCUAUGGUCCACGGGCGUCUCGCAGACCGAGUUUUGCCAAAAGCUUGCCAAGAAAUUAGACGGCCAAAACAAUAAACACGCUCUUGAGACUGACUCCCAUCUCCGGCUGAUCGGCGCGCCUCUAGGCGACGUGUAUGCGAUAGGCGACUGCAGUACUGUCCAGAACAACGUAUCCGACCACAUCCUCACGUUUCUGCGCACGCUCGCCUGGGAAAAGGGCAAAGAUCCCCAGCAGAUGGAGAUCUCGUACAAAGACUGGCGCAGCGUCGCCAAGCGCGUCAAGCAGCGCUUUCCCCAAGCUUCGGACCACCUGCGCCGCCUAGACAGGCUGUUCGAGCAGUACGACAAGGACAAGAGCGGCAAGCUCGAUUUUGGCGAGCUGCACGAGCUGCUCCACCAGAUCGACUCGAAACUAACCUCUCUCCCGGCGACGGCGCAGAGAGCGCAUCAGCAGGGUCAGUAUCUUGCUCGUAAGCUGAACAAGAUCGCACAUGCAGCGCCAGGAAUGCGGUUGAACGAGAUGGAUUACGGUGAUCUUGAUGAGGCGGUGUACAAGGCAUUCGAGUACAAGCAUCUCGGCAGCUUGGCAUACAUCGGAAAUGCGGCGGUGUUUGAUAUCAACGGACUGAACUUUUCGGGUGGAUUGCUGGCGGUGUACCUAUGGAGAUCGGUCUACUUUGCGCAGAGCGUCAGCUUCAGGACACGGGUUCUGAUGGCUAUGGAUUGGACUAAGCGGGCACUUUUUGGGAGAGGUGAGUACACUACCUGCGUGUAUAGGAGCAACAUACUGACGGCGCCUCACAGACAUGAUGAAUUACUAGACAAGACACAGCAGCCGUGA